CUGUUUGGGUCGGCGGAGCUCGGAAGCGCAGCAAGUAACAGGCCGGCGGCCGCGCUCUCUCUAAGUAAAUCUAGGCAUCUAGCCGUUUGGGUCGGAGGAGCUCGGAAUCGCAGCAAGAUCCAGGGAAGAGCCAACAUGGGUCCAAAAAGGUUCAAUCCAUUUCAAGCUAGUGGGAGUAGAGGGCCGGCAAAGCCGAAACCCUCACCUCGCCCCAAGGAUUUGGAUGGUGAUGCUCUAAUCAUGGUCGAUUGGAGAGAAGGAUCUAAGGGAAAGGAAAUCAUAAGUACUCCCAUCCAAAAACAAGAAGGACCCACUUGCUAUCACCAUUCACUAGGGGUUGCAAUUGAAGCGGCGUAUAACAUAUUAACCGCAGCUCGUGAGAGUUCCAUUAGGGUUUCUAUCAAAGAAUUGGUUGAUAAGGUCCCACCCCGUAAGGAGUUGAGAGGCAUUGAGUUGAAAAGGAUUGCGAGGUUCAUCACGGAUGAAGGGGCAAGUGAAGUAAGUGACUACAAACCCGAAGAUCCCAAGAAGAAGAAGAAACACGAAAAAAAGUCAUUUUUCUUCCAAAGUCAGCCCCAAGAGAUGCAGACCAUCGAUGAAGCCAUCAUGUUGAAAGAGGUUGCUAAAAAGCCUAUAGUGGCCAGUGUGGAUGCGAACAGUAAUUUGCAACAAUGGGGUGUGAGUCAAUUGGUUAAUUAG